AUGUCAAGUUGGAUGGGGUCGGAAAACGAUUCUUCUCUGUUCAUCUUCCUUUCAUCGCCAAUUUGUUUCGAAAUGUUCCAGCCUAGGAAUUUCACCAAGGGGGAUGAUAAUAACCCUAUUUUGGUCGGGAAGGAAAAGGAGUUAUACGAAUCCAAAAACUGGCCGAAGUCGUUCUCGAAACCGGUCAAUAUAACCAAGGUUAGGAUUGACGCCUUUAAACCCUGGAUCACAAAGCGUGUAUCUGAGCUCAUGGGCGUGGAAGAUGACAUUGUUGUAGACUACUGUAUUGGUCAGCUGAAGGAUCUUGGAGAGUCCGACGCCAAGAGGAAUUCGCAGCUCGCAGGCGACGGUGGAGCGGUAUUCAAUGAAAAACCGAAGCUUGACCCGAAACGACUUCAGAUCAGCCUAACGGGGUUUAUGGCCAAGAAGGCAGGCGUGUUUGUGCGGGAGCUCUGGGACCUGCUCCUGUCCGCCCAGGAUAGUGAGCACGGCAUCCCUCAGCUGUUUAUCGACGAGAAGAAACAGGAGCUUAAGGGCCAGAGACGACCACAGGCACAAUCGACACGACCACUCCGACGGCGAACUGAACAGCCACUCCAAGCGGGAGAGGAGAGAGCGGGAGCCCUCCAGGGAGAGGCCCCGUCGCCACGACAGGGAUGA